AGUCACGUGAUAAUUAAAAAUAAUGAUUAGAUUACCUGGUUUUCAUGAAACACUAAUCGACUAUGACUCUUUCCAUCACAUCAUCUCGAAUCUGGCUUGGAAAUGCAAGGUCGUUCACUCUAGAAGGACCUUUAGAUAUAGGCAGCCACUAAAGAUAUGUUUGUGUUAUCAAUCUUAAAAGCGAACUUUGGUGUGCCUCCAGCACAAGCUCUUAUUUCUGAAAUAAACAAAAAGUAUGCCAAUAGAGUCCUCCACGACGUAGGGCUGUGCAUUUGCGCGUUUGAUCUGGUAGAAGCGGGUGAAGGCAAAGUACGUUACGGAGAUGGGUGUUUAUGGUAUAAAGCGAGAUUCAGAAUGGUCGUUUUUCGACCGUUCGCGUCUGAGGUGGUCCUUGCUAAAGUGAAGUCAUCAGACGAAGACGGCAUUCGAUUGAGCCUAGGAUUUUUUGACGAUAUAUAUGUACCUCUAGCGUAUCUACCUCAACCAUCGGCCUUUGACCCAAAUGAACGAGCUCAUUUCUGGCUACCGGACUCAGAAGCAACAACCCCGCAUGAGCUUCUGGAAUCUGCAACGACAGAUCGAAUGUAUAUCGACCAAGGGGAAGUAGUACGGGUCCGCGUUGAGGCUGACGAGUUUUAUGACGACGAACCUGGUCCGCCGAAAGCCUCAGAGGGCGUCACAGUAAAACGAGAGGCUCGGCGCGCGCCGUAUAGCAUCAUCUGCUCCAUUUCAGAGCAGGGACUCGGGCCUGUGCCAUGGUGGAAGAGUGCUCAGCCUGAUGGCGAUGCUAUGGACCAGGAAUGAUUUGUUUCUUCUAUUCUGCUUUCGAUAGUGAUCCAGCGGAACCCUGAUCCAAUUCACGUUGGUGCAUGGUUGAAUUGAAGUAGUAAUCAGUCGUCUGUGGUUACAUUGACGUUCACUGAAACUUAAGGCUUGUCAAUUAGUACCACUCACGAGAAUAAUCGAGUGGUGGCUCCAAUCAGAGGGCAUUUAUGCCCGAUAACCAGAUGAUAGAAGCCACGUAGCUACUAGAUAUGGUUUACAAUAGGAAGGGGUG